CUUGACAAGUGCGACCAUGUCACGGGAGUUUGCGCCUGCGCCGCGGGUUACACUGGCGUCAAGUGCGAAGAGCCAUGCCCAAAGAACAAAUACGGACUCAAUUGCACCGGGGUUUGUUCGUGCGACAACAAGGGCGAGUGCAAUCACAUCACCGGGGAAUGCAUGUGUCCGCCGGGUUGGGUGGGUGCCGAUUGUUCUGUGCCCUGUGAGGCUGGCUUCUUCGGACGGAAUUGUGCUCACAGGUGCGCGUGUUUGUUUGGAGGACAGUGCAGACCCAAUGAUGGGGUUUGCAAGUGCACCAAGGGUCGCAUGGGUCCACGUUGCGAAGAAGGUGCCAACUGCGAUGUCCCGACUUUUGCUGAAAGCACAAUGAAACGAGAAGAGGUCACGUCUACCAGCGUGCCUAGUGUGAUCGUUGGGCUGUUGGUGGUGAUCCUGGCUGCAGCUUUGGCAGCACUGUGCUACUAUAAACGCAGGGUCAUUCGACUCAAGGCCAUGAAUCACCCUGAACUUGCUGUGCGGUAUCACAUGGACUAUGCGACCUUCCUCAUGAAUAUUGCUGAUGGGCGACUGUUCAAUAACCCUGUGUACGGCAACGGCGUCGUCCGCGUUCGUCCCCCAGAGAUUGUCAACUCCUUGAGCGAGCUUGACACUGCGGCCCGUGCAGCGAAGCAACUCGAAGCCGAACAGCAACAACAACCACACCACCAACACCACGUUCAGCAAAACAACUUCGACGUGUCCUGGACCAAGAUUGGCGAAUCGUCUUCGGAUUUGGUGGAUUCGGCGGCUGAUGGCUGCGGCGAAGGCGGCGCUGCGGGAUACGCUUGGCCGCCACCCGGUGGCGUGGACGGGUUCCUGACCUUGAGCAAUGCGAAGUCUCGUGAGGCGGACGAGACGAAUCCCAACCUCAACAUUUACAAUUCUUUGGAGGAUCUCAAUAAGGGCAAGGAUCACCAGUAUGAAGUUGUCAAGAUACCGACGGAUGAUGCUGAGAGGGCGCUUGCGAAAAAAUUCGUUGAGAAGCCGAGAAAAAAGUCGUUUUUCGAAGUGGAGAAAGAUUUUGAGAAACAUGUGGGAAGAAAAGCUUGUGCAAAGGAUUAUUCUUCAAUUUUUACCGAGUUGCCAGUGGACGAGCAUCUGGAACACGGGAUUGAUCGCCCACCUUCUGAGAUUUCGGUUUUAAAAUCAGAAGUAAUGACUGAUUCUAAUCAGGAAAUC